AUGACGACCGCAACAGUAACCCAAACGGUUCCUGACACCGCCCACCAUGACUCGGGCUACCAGGAUCAGGAUUCAGACUUCAGUUCCGAUGAUGGUCAGGAGUUCCAUGUUGAUGAGCGGACAGGGAGGUCGUGGCCUACCAAGUUGCUUCACAACCUGAUCAAGCCUAUCAAACCAAAGCUCGUUGAAACAGGGCAAGUUUCUUCUGACGAUCCAACACGGUGCAAGCCGUCUCGAGGAGCCCGUCGACGAUGCGAUGUUGAGGAGCGCCGCGUGGAAGGCAUGUGGAUCUACGAGUUGAAGCCAAAAUCAUCUUCCGAUGAACCACCCAAAGGAUAUGCUAGGAGGAUACUGUACUAUGCUGGAGGAGGUUGGCAAGCACCGCCGACUGGCCAGCAUUGGACUUUCUGCGCAGAGAUGGUUCAACGGCUACCAGAUACCAGGCUCACGAUGAUCAGCUACCCUCUUGCACCCAAGGACCCAGUCCAAGACUCAUUCCCGGCAAUAGUCAAGACCUACAACACUUUGCUACGAGAGUCUUCCGAGCUUGGUGAGCGUGUUAUUGUUGCCGGCGACAGUUCUGGUGGAAACAUUGCGUUAUGCAGUGUUCUUUGGACGAUGAGAGAUCAAGACGUUGACGUCAUCCGACCACCUUCAGCUAUCUUGGCCAUCACUCCAACCGCAGACUUGAGCCACAAGAAUGCCGACAUCAAAAAGGUGGAUAAAUUCGACCCUAUCUUAAGCGAGGAAGCCAUCAAUGAUACAGCCGGGAAAUGGGCGCCCAGUGGCUCCGAUAAAUCCCACAACUCGGACAGCUCCAUCUCCAAGGGCCGCCCUGGUGAGAGAUUGGACUGGAGUUUCGACGACCCACGGGUAUCACCUAUUCACGCAGACCUGAGCAUGUGUGUCAAGAACAAAGUCAAGAUCCAUGGAAUCACUGCUUCACAUGAUGUUCUUGGCCCAGAGGCUGUUGAGUUCAGGGAAAAGUGCAGGAACGAAGGUGUCGAUGGCGAGUGGCUGUCUUGGGAACAGCAGAUGCACUGUUUCCCCUUGGCGUACAAGUAUGGAUUGAAGGAGAGCAAGGAGGGUCUGGAGUGGAUUAUUGAUGUUCUGAAGCGUUGUUAG